UGCUCCCGCCGGCAAAAUGGCGGCUGUAGGGGUCUUGUUGCGGGCCUUUCGCCGGCACUGUCGCGUGCUGCUGUUCCUCUCGCAGUUCUACAUCCUCUCGGGCGGCGGGUCCUUCAGUGUAGAGCCUUCGCAGCCGCUGGCUCAUUCCGACAAGGAUCCGGGCCCCACACGUACGUUCACAGUAGUGCCCAGGGCAGCAGAAAGCACCGAUAUCCCACCUUAUAUGAUGAAGUGUCCGAGCAAUGGUUUGUGUAGCAGACUUCCCGCAGACUGUAUAGAGUGCAAGACCAAUUUCUCCUGUGUCUAUGGGAAGCCUGUCACUUUUGACUGCACAGUGAAACCUUCUGUUACCUGUGUUGAUCAAGACUUCAAAUCCCGAAAGAGCUUUGUCCUCAACAUGACUUGCAGGUUCUGCUGGCAGCUUCCAGAAACCGACUACGAGUGCUCCAGCUCCACCAGUUGCAUGGCGGUGUCCUGCCCGCGGCAGCGCUACACGGCCAACUGCACUGUGCGGGACCACAUCCACUGCCUGGGUAACCGUACUUUUCCGAAAAUGCUGUACUGCAACUGGACUGGUGGUUAUAAGUGGUCUACUGCUCUGGCUCUGAGCAUCACCCUUGGUGGGUUUGGAGCGGACCGCUUCUACCUGGGCCAGUGGCGAGAAGGCCUCGGCAAGCUCUUCAGCUUCGGGGGCCUGGGAAUAUGGACGCUGCUCGAUGUCCUGCUCAUUGGAGUUGGCUACGUGGGACCAGCGGAUGGCUCUUUGUACAUUUAGCUGCAGUUGCGCACUUCAGAGAGGAGCAGUGCUUAGAAAACCGCUUCUUCCCUGUAGGAGUCCAUGUGCUGUGAUUGGUGUAUGUGUAUGUUUUUAAUGUACAGCAUCUGUACUUUGCCUGCCUUGAUGAAGGUAAAAUAAAAAACACUGAACUAUG